GAAGGAGCGGCGCCUGGCGGUGGUGGCCAGUGGCGUGUGCGAGGCCAGUGCAGUGUGAGUCGUGAGUGAGUGUGGAUCCACGAGUCGUUGUCUCCGACACUCUCUCUAGCCGCUACUGCUACUCCCUUCACCCUCGCCUCGGGACGUGACGCCAGCAGCGGUAUGGGAGCGGGUGAGCCACGCGUUUAGGUCACGUGACGAGGACAGUGUAUGACCCGACGCAGAAGUAUGCGAGCGUCGUGUGUGUGUGUGCUCUUGGGCGAACAGAGCCUCAGGUAUAACUUUAACUGUGCUGGAAAUGUUCACUGUUAAUGGACUGUGACAGCUACGCCGUCGUAAAUUUGAGCAGAAUUUCCUGGAAAGAAUAGUUACAUGUUGUGACGUGUGCCACGGCGAGAGAAUUUAUACGAGAGUCUGUGUUGUUUAUCUGGCCCGUCCUCGGAAGGGAUCUUGAGGGUUUCUGUUCACCUGAAUGAGUGAUUUUCUACUUAGCAACGUCAGGUGAUUCGUCUUUUCAUUAUGCUAACGUGAAAGAAAAUACGUUUAACAUUGUCGGGUGUUGAUCCAUAUAAAAAUUACCUGCUGUGAGAAAAUAAGUACGAGACCACAUAACAGACUUGGAAUUAUGUGGUUGAGAGUCCUUGACGAUAAUAAGGAGAAAUGCCAGAAUCUUGAAGCAUCUCGCAUUGUACGAGGCUAGAGAUAUCUAGUUGGAAAUGACAGUGUGUUUUUAACUGAGAGAAAUAAAAAUGUUCAGUUCGCGUUCGCCUUAAGAAUGUAGAAUCCUUCUGAGACCCAUCGAGAAAGUUUUGGAAGUUAUUCUGUUUUUCUCGUUGGAGUUUUUGUACCAUUAUGGACGGCCAUCAGAGCGGCAUGAGUGGCGCCUUCUCACGUCCUUCGGUCUCUUGAACGACCCGAAUCAACAUAUUUAUCAUGUUAGUUACGAAAGCCAAGGGCUACCACAAGCUGACAGUGUCGUCGGGCGUCAAAGCUAGAAAUCUACGCUUCUUAGUGUCAUAGUGAAAGAGAAUAGAUCGUCCUCUUUUUUGUAACGAGAUCAGACCUUGAUAGGAACCUUGCCUCGUGAGCGGGAAGUCUCCGCCGCCGCCGCCAUGGGCAACAACGAGACCGUCAUGGGGCCGAUCGUGACCACCGUCGCAACCUUGCUCUACAACCUCACCGACGACGACCCUUCCGCGGCGGCCGUCGCGGGCGCCGUCGGCCUCAACCUGUCGGCGACCGGUAGCAGCGCGACUAGCACGACUCGCGCCGCGGCGACCACGCGUCCCACGAGAGCUACGACCGCCGCCCUGACCUCCGCCGCCACCACCGCGCCCUUCUUCACCACGGACCCGCCCCCGGCCUACGACAUCCGGGACAUCAUCCGUUUAGGCGGCGUGGACUACGGCGAGUUCGGGGUUUGCAGCGACUGGCUGCCCAUCAACCACAUCUACUUCCAGCUCGCCAACAUCUUCCUGUUCCUCUCGUACCUGGCGCCCAACGGCAUCUACGGCAUCCUCUACCUGCGCAUCACGCUCACCAUAGGAUGCAUGUUCUUCGCGCUGUGGGGCUGGGUCAUCCUGUGCGCCUUCGACACCUUCCUCUGGAACGCCAUCUUCGUCCUGAUCAACCUCGUCCACGUCAUCGUCAUCUGCUACUACCUGCGCCCCGUCAGGUUCACGCCCGAACUCGAACAGGUGUACAGAAGCCUGUUCCAGCCGCUGAAGGUAUCUCGCCAUCAGUUCAAGAGAGUCAUCAACUGCAUGAAACUUAUCCGCUACGUCAAGUUCCAAGAGAUUUACGCACAGGAGAAGAUAACUCGGGUGGAUUCGCUCUCGCUCGUGCUCUCCGGCAGACUGGUGAUAAGCCAAAAUGGGCGAGCUCUCCACAUUGUGUCUCAGCACCAGUUCCUUGACUCUCCAGAGUGGUUUGGUGUCUCUACAGAUGAGUUCUUCCAGGUCUCAGCAACAGCCAUAGAAGAUUCUCGAGUGUUGAUCUGGCAUCGUGACAAACUCAAGCUCACAAUUAUGGGCGACCAGUUUCUUCAAGCAGUGUUUGACCACAUUUUAGGCAGAGAUGUCGUAAAGAAGCUUAUGCAGUUCCCGGAGGCCGUGGGCAGGAGACCCAGCGAGGUGGAGGUGGACUUGGAGGUCAACGAGAGUUUGUCAGGGAUGAGCAAUGGCCACUGCGUUGCCAACCUGGCCGAUGACAGCGAGACUAAGCCGUUGCUGGUGGUCAAGAAGGGGGAGGAGUCGGGGAGCAUUACAGCAAUUAUCAACCGUCAGUUACAGGUUAAUGACACUCCUCCGUGGAGACUCGGACGCAUUGAGGAGACAGAUCAGGAGACUCCAGUAUGAACCCCAUGAAUUGGGAUCUCCGCUUCUAAACGCUUUCAAACUGUUUGCACCACAACUGGAAAAUGUUGACCACUACCAGCAUAUGGUUGAGCUCUAGAUGCUGGUGGGCAUCACCCACAUGAGAAACAGUUAUAGAAUGAAUCUGAUAUUCCACCAGUGUCUACCAGUGUACAAGUGUCCAAAGGAAGUUGUUGUGAAGAAGUUUACACUUGUUAAUACACUAAUGCCAUACUGAUGAGCAGAUGCAAUUCUCCUAAGUAUUCUGACUAUUUCUGUGAAGUGUGAACUGUGAUAGGGGUUUGCAAAUGCUCUUAUUCCCCAGACCGGACACAGGACUGAGAAGGCAAAUAAUGAUAUUAUCAUUUCUUAAUUUUUUUUGCCUUAUGUUUUUGUUUUUGUCUGUAUGUAUCCACCUCUUAAUUUGCUAUUUAUAAAACUUCCCUCUUUAGAUGUAUCAGCUUUCAUUCUUCAAAAGACUAGAACAACUAGAUUUUGAUGGCAUUUUUAGAUAUAUAAAGUCUAGUGUUUCUUACUGUGAGUUUUGGUAUUCAUCAUGUUUUAACCUUUUUUUCAUAAGUGUUAUUUUAUAAGUAACAUCAUAUUGAUGUCAGUUGACCGAAGAUUUGGGUUAUUAAGAAUUGAUUAGACAUAAUUUAUUAAGUAUAGGAUUUUUUUAUAAACAAUAUUUCAUCACAGACCAGAAGAAUCCUGUGAUUUUUGACAGCAAAAUAUAGUUGCAGGAAAAUCAUGUUUUAUUGAUUAGAUGUGUGAAUUUAUGCAGAUACAUUCUCUUUUUUUUUGUAGUGUGAUUUAUAAUACAAAUUUGAUAUAUUGAAGAGAUUUGUGAUAUUAUAAAGAUUGAGAUCUAAAUACAAAUUCUUCCAUCACUUUGACAGUUGAUUAUGACUUUCCAUAAAAGAAGACACUGUGUCAUGUAUUUUUUUUUCUUUUUUUUUUGAAGGGGAACAGAAAUACAAGCACAUUUUCACAAAUCUACACUUUGGUCUGUAUUACUGAACAACUAUUAUUGCAUAUUAUAAGCAAAUCAAAUCAUUUUAUUAAAAUUACGGAAAAUGAAAUUAGUUACUAUUCUGUUUUAAUUUAUAUAUAUUUGAUAUAUGUGAUGACAAUAGGCAAAAAACAUUUAGAUAUUGUGAUUUUUUACUAGCUUAAAUAGAAUAUGAUUAUUAGCAUAAAACAUAGGGUAUGGAGAAUUUCAAAAGGAGCCAGUGCAGUUCAAGCCUGUAGUUUUGCUAGGUUGCAUUUUUAUCAUCAGUGUUACCUAAUUGAUAACCAUGCAAAUAUAGGCCAAGUUCAUAGAUUAUCAACCAAGCUGUAAUAUUUAUCAGCUUGCAGUUUUGUUGCUAUUAUCAAGUAAGCUAUGUGUUAGAAGUCCGCAAGAAUGCUAUGGAAAAAGUCACAUGCAAUUCUAAGAUCUGUAUCUUGUUACUCUGAAGUGAUGCUGCUUUUGCUGACUUAGCUGUAACUGCUGAAGAGAUAUUGCAAGUUGUUUGAGUGGGACUGGAUAUUUAUUCAGUUUAGUAGGCAUUAGCAUUGAAAUUUGUUCAUCUAGUAGAUAUACAGCAAACAAAACUGAUGUUUAAAAGGAGUUUACGUACAGAUACUGUUAUUGUUUCUGUUCCCCUUUAAUUCUGAGCUUUCAAAAUGUUACCAAGGCUUCAGCAGUCCUUAUGAUGUACACUGAUGGGCACAGUAAAGGGUCCAACAUUUUGCUCUGUGGGUUAGUAUUGCUCAAAAGUUUUUAUAUGUAUGGUAAGAAAUGUUAUAUUAGGUCUCAGAAUCCACCAUUUUCUCAAAAGGUCAAAAUGACUUGCUUUGAGAUCAUCAUUACUGACCAGUUGUUCAAUGAAGGGCAUGACUAAUAUUGCAGCUGUUAGAAAAAGAAAAUACUCCUUUGAAAUGGAGUAGUUGGACAAAUUCAUUUCCUAUAAAUGUUUGACUCUUUUUUUCAGCAAUCACUUCCUUCAUACCCUUUGCAUCACACUUACUUUCAAGGGUACUAAAACAUGCAAAAAUCUAUUUAUUCUCAAAUAAAUGGAAUUGUGAAAAUAUGUAAGUGGAGGCUUGUGGCAAAUCUUAUGGUAGCUUAGACUGAUUCAGUGAAAUAUAUCUUUAUUUUCUCUCCAUGCACUAAGAAGUGCCUGUUUUGUGUUGUUUUUAUAAGUUUAUUUUGUACAUGCAGUGAUAUUAAAUAUCAGGCAUUUUGAUUAAAAUAUGUAUGCUUAGGCAAAGCUGUUCAGUACUUUAGCUUGUUUUAUGGUGCUUGUAUUUUUUGAUAAUUAUUAAACAAUACCUUCCAGUCUUUGGACAAUCAUAAUACAAAUAAUAUUAAUCAACACAUGUAUUGCGAAACAAAACACUUGAUGUUUACUCACAAGACCAAUUACUAUAUUAUAAAAUAUGGGUGACAGUACGAUUUAACCCACCAUAGCAAUAUAAACUAUAACAAGCACAAAGUAUUUGUUACUAUUUGAAGUAAUCCAAUGUAAUAUUGUGUUUCCCUUUCUAUAUAUCAAUGCCUGUUGCAGUUUUAUGGAGUGAUUUGCAAAAUAUUUCUUUUUAAGCAUUUCCUCUGACUGCAUAAACAGUAUUACUUUAACUGUCACUCAAAAUCACUCACAUUUGGGAUAUUUAUGCAACUUCAUUUAGUGCAAUAUAAACAUGGUUCUUACACAUGCUGAUUAUUGGCACACAGCUACAUUUUAACUUUUUAAUACUGUAUUUCAUUUUUUGAAUAAAGAUUAUAUGAAAAGACAAUUGCUACAUGUAUGAUGCUGAAAAUUGAUGGAAUAUGUGUAAAACUGCUUUUGCCAAUUUACAGAUGCUUUUUUAGAGUAUUUUGCUUUUAUUCAUACAGUAAGUCAUAUACGCAUGUAUGUGACCAUGUAUAUGUAAGCAUGUAUUUGAGUGUGUGUGUCUUUAUGUGUCUGCAGAUAUAUAAAUACAUUUUGAUUUUUUACAAACAAUUACAAUAAUGAAAAAAGUUUAACCUUAGUUCUUUUGUUCAAAAGAAUGAUAACAAUACAAGAGUUACUUUCUCACUCAUGAUGAAACCCUAAGAAUUGAAUGCUUUCAUGUUAUCUAGAAUAUUUCAAGCUGGAAGUAAACUUCAGUUAUUUGAUAUAUUGAAAUAAUAUGUCAGAAGUAAAUCACAGCUUGAUUGAUGUGUUCAGCCAGGCUAAUUAACAGUGCAGAAAAUGAAGACAUGUAGCCUGUACACAAGCUCUUCUGAUGCUGCUUCUUCUUUUCUUUUUCUUCUUUCUUUCAUUUUUUGAGACAGUUGUUUAUAAGUCUCCAGGGAUUUUAUUUUAUUUUACACAAAACUUUUUAUUAAUGAACCUUGCCUUUUUUUUUUUUUUUUUUUUAUGUUUUGAUAUGGUAAAGUUUAUCAAUUCUGACAACUUUCCUUGUUAUGUUUCUAGUCAUACUUAUAUUCUUAUUCUUUAAUUUCUGAAAAUCCAUAUAUGAUAGUCAUGUCAGUGAUAGAGAAUAUCAUGAACUUUAACUGAUUGCAAAUAUGCUUACAUUUGUAUGGUGCUCAAAGGCAGCAUUGUAUUUUGCUUGUUGUACACAUUAUUAUUUUUUUUUUUUUUUUCUUUUUUUUUUUUACUAUUAUGGUUCUCUCCCUCUCUCUCUCUCUGCUGCUUUUCUUUUUUUUCUCUUUUCUCUGUUUUCACAUGCUUCAUCCCCUUGCACACUAUAUGUAUUUGAGUUUUUUUUCCUGUAUGUCAAAUAUAAAUAGCCAGUGGCUAGUGUACUCAUACAUAGCCAUUAUUUUAAACAUGAUUUUCUAAUAGAAAUAUUUAAUAUUGACACCAAAGUGAACAAAACAGCAAAUUUAAGCUAGGCGAGGAAAACUUAAAGUGUAAACUUUUAUGUUAGGUUGGUUCCUGAAGGACUGUUGCAGACUUCAAAAAAAAAAAAAUAUAUAUAUAUAUAUAUAUUGAAAGCAUGUACUGACAACUGAUCCUAGGAGAAUGUUUGUUUGUUGUGCAUCACCCAAAGCCAUGUUUCAUUCUGAUGAAACAGCCAUUUUACAGAUACUCAUGUGAAAUGGCAGUUGGUUAUAGUUAUUGUGUUAUUUGAAUGUGUGUUUAAGUAUGCAAGGGGAUUAAAAUCUUAGUACAUUUAUUAUAUUAUAUCACAGAAUCGUCUAACAUCUAAACAUUUUGAUCAGAACAUCUAUUAGCAAUUAUAUCUCCUUACCACAGUAAUACUACUGAUAAAAUAUACCAUACUGGUGGCUUGCUUAAGGUCCAAAAAUAUGUUAGGAAGGUAGAGAUUAGCUAAGUAAGAAUAUUAAUGAUAUAUUUACUGCAAUUUCAAAUUGCUUAUUUCAAAUUUAGUAUUGCAGACACACAUUCAUACAGUCACACUUGCAUUUCCUUUCACACUUGAAAACAUCCACUUACAUCCACAUCAACCAUACAUUCUAACAUAAUUAUGUGUAAUUAUAUUAAGCACAGUUCACAAACAUACCGAAAGGCUGUAAAUUUUAUACACUAAUCAUUUUUAUGCACCAAAAAUCCAAACUCAAAACAGUAAAGCUGAUGAUAGCAUUCUUCCUAAUGUGAAGUAAAAAUAACUUACUUUUACAGAUAUUCAUCGGUCAAAAUACUUUGUCCCAGAUGAAAGCAACAAAAUAUUUAAAUGCUUUUCAUCAGGUGCAACAAUAGAACAGGUCCUGCCUAUAGGCUGCAAUUAUCAGAUCUUGGUACAAUGCACAUAGGUAAUCCUCUUCCCAGCCAUGUAAUACAGGAGACAAGUGAAUGGUUAUUGAUCCACUUGCUACUGGAUUUUUUUGUCUCUGUGAGACAACCAGAUUGUGUGUAAAUAUAUAUAUAUGCAUCAAUGAAAAAAAGACCAUGAAGGCAUUGGUAAGGCAUUUCUUGCCACUGUCCUUUUGUUUUUCACUGACAGCACUUCCCAGAACUUGUAAUAAUGUAUGAGGAUGGUUUACAGUGUUUUGUGGUUUCUAUUUGCCAGUAUAGUAGCCCAGAUCCAUAAGCUAUCAGUCUUUACAGAAAUAUCUGUAGUCUACUUCUGUGGUAAUAUUUGGUUGUAGCACUGUAACAGCUUGGUACUGAUGUUAGCAACAGAUUUACAAGAUAAAUGACAGAUUUACAAGAGAGUCUACAGUAAAUUCAAUGUCAGUUGGCUUAAUCAGAUGGCCUAAUCACAGCCAACUAUUUUCAGUGUUUUCAUAUCAUUCCAAUUGUAAUCAGAUAUUGUUUGUAAGAAUGAUGUGAAUAUAAGUAACAAUACAAUACAGCUAUGAACCUGGGACCUUGCAAUUGCAACACCAUCACUCUACGACUGCACUACACCACCUCCUGAUUGAAUGUAUCACUUUAAAUUCUUACAUCAAAUAAUAUUAUUUAUUUUAGAAAUUUAAAGCCACAUAUGUUGUGUGUAGAGAGAUCAGAUUUUUCACUAUGCUAAAGAGAGCCUAGAUAAGUCUUGAGCUUGAGCUUUAAAAAGAUAGCUUUUUAUUCUGUGAGAAUAUGGGCAAAAUAUUUGGUAAUUUUUUAAAUUGUGAUAUCAAGCAUAAAUGUUAGAGGAAUGAUUUUUAAAAAGUACCAAUGGCAGACUGAUGUCAGGAGCAAGAGAUACCAUUUACCAUUGUGAAUAUAGUGGCAUAAAUGUCAUAAAGCUUUCCCCAUCAGCACCUAAACUGCUAGCAACAAGAAAUAUUGCAUUGUCUUCUUUUAGAUUAACUUCAUUUUCUCAGAAUCAGUUUUGUCUGAAAGUUGUUACACCAUUUACCAUUUAAUCAUGCUCAUUUAUAUCAGUCAAAAUUCUGCACAUGGUAUAGUGGAAGAUGGUGCUAUAAAUCAUUUUUUACUUAAUUGUGUCCUAUGAGAUAAGUCUUUAUGCAAUUAUUGGUCAGUGAUAACCAAAGCAAGUUCAUAAAAUGAUAUGUAUGGUAACCCAGCAUUUAGUUAAUUUUUAACUGAAGAAAGAAGACAUUUCUUAGUUCAACUAGAAAUCCAAGACCUUUACAACAUAUGAUACUGAAGUGCACAAGGUGUAAAGUUGGAAAGAAUAUGAACCACUAAUUGGUGGUUCCUGAUCUUGCAAAUAUGAGUGAAGUGAUACCUACUAGACUAUUCAAAGUGCAGAUGUACUGAUAGGAUAGUUUACUCUUUUUUUGCAUACAAAAAUCCUUAAUAUGGAAAGCAUGUCUUUCUCACAUUACCAGCAUGAAAAUAUCUUACAUGAAGUCUAGGUUUCCCCAGAUGUAUGUAAUUUUUUUCUUUGAUAAUUUACUUAUUUUGGAUAUAAAAUUUAACUUUUAGAGCUGACAAACAUUUUCUAUGUAGAAUGGGGGAAUAAAGGUCUGAAUAUGUACAUGUAUUAUACAUUAAAUUUGUUCAAUCAUCAGAGUUAUAGGAACUAAAGGUAUGUCUCUUUGGUUUGCAUCUUUAAGUGUAAAUCCAGAGUAUCUUCCAUAAAAUCAAACAUACGCACUAGACUCAGGAAGCAACAUAUUGGCAUUCAUGUUGCAUCUACUGCAAUUAACAUUUUUGGAAAUAAGUGCCUGUGGUGAAUCUUGAAUAAUUCAUCAGUUUCAAGGGUCUGCAAUAAGAUAUCAAUUGUAUACGUACACCAUAGACACGAAAAAACCCUUUGAGCUGGUGAAUUAUCCAUAUGGUGAUCCAUUUAUUGACAAGUGUACUGAUAGGGUAAGCAUUAAAAAGGUACACAGUAUUGUACCUUCAUUGUCAUGGAUUUCAAAAAUUACUAAUAUUAUUGAAUAAUAAAAGUGUAAUAUUUGGGAUUUGGGCAAAUGUUUUAUAAAGUACAAUGCAAGAGAGGCAGAGAGUGGGUUUUUUGCAAUAUAUCUGUCAGAUGAAGUUGCUUAAUAUAUAACCCCCUCAUUGCCGGUCAUUCAAUGUGUUUUGAGAGAUAUGGGUUGGAUUAACUACUUUCAUAGGAACUUUGUCACUUAUAGAGACAAAAUAUGAGUAAAUGUAACCUCUGUAAAUCACUUUUUAUGGAUACAUUUGCUUAUUGUACACUAGCUUUCUGUAACGUCCUCCCACCUUCACAGUUUCUAAUUGUUCAGACUGAGCAAGUGACAGUUUAUGAAGAAUACUAAAGCACGAGCUACCCCAUGUAUUCUUAUUAUGGCAUAUAUUCUUUUGUAUGUUCAUUUCAGUCAUGAUCAUUGUACUUGAUUUUUCAACAUCAAGAACCUCUUUUGCAUCUGAAAUAUAUAAUGUGUGUGUGUGUACAGUGUCAAUGUUGGUACAUUCACAAUAAAAUAUACAUAGCAAUAUAUUUCCAUAUUAUCA